CUCCCUGCACGCCCGGCUCAUACGGCGGAGAGAGCUUUAAGGUUCAGACAGCUUAGAAAAGGCACCCCUCCCUCCUGAGAGACCCGCUGGAUCCAGAGGUGAUUGCAGGAGGCCACAUCCUCUGCACCUUUGCAGGAAGCACAUAAAGCAUAAAAUGGCACAUUUUGGACGACCGUGGCCCUCCCUCAUCCGCACUGCUCUCCUGUUAGCAAUUGUUUUAUUACCAGAGUUUCUGGGGGCCGUUCCAGUGGGGCAGGACAAGCAGGAGGAAGCAGUUGCAGUGUCUGAUGAUGUGAGAGCAGAUGCCAUGGCCAACUUGAAAAAGCUGGUUCGCAACAGAAGGAAUGUCCCCGUCGUGGCUGUGCCCCAGUUCAAACGUGUGCCUGACUUCUGGGGAUGGUACAAGUACUUUAUGGACACCCACAACCAGGAGAGGGUGGAGGACUUGGAUCGUCUGUAUCUGGCCUAUUUGCAAAACAAGCACCGGUCCGAGGAGGGGCCCACCUUCAACCACUAUCUCAAACACCUCAGUGAAAUCUACAAAACCUGUGCUGAUUCUGAAGACCCAGAAUGCAUAGCUGAGUUUACCAGCAAGCCAAAAGCCGCAGUGGUCAUGCCUGCCCCCAUCAAGUCUGCUGGUGUAAGGAUGUGCAACCCCUACCUUGACCCCUACUGCCUUUACUCCACUUCCUCCAAGGCGGCUGUCCCGGAGCCUGAACUGGCUCCAGUCAAGGCACCAGCUCCCAUCUUCACCCCGGUGCUGCCCAUGCAUCAGAAGGGGCCCGCCGGUUACUAUUACGCUCCAGUCUUGGAGCCCUUCCUGAACGCUGAGCAGAGGUCCGAGUUGCUCAGGAUCUGCCAUCACGAAGAUGUCGAAUGCUUGCAGUACCAUCUGAGAGCAGCAUUUGGGUACCGCCCGGCGCUGGGUCCGGCUCCAUCCUAUUCUGCCCUCAAAUGCGACCCCAAGGACCCCUAUUGCAUGCCCACUCUAGUACAGAAGGCCCCCACUGGCUUCUACCACGUGAUGCAACCUAGCUGUGACCCAUCGGUGGAUCCUCUGUGUGUCGGUAAGGUUGCUGGUCCUGCUCCGCUCGCGGCUGUGGAUGCACCGAGGGAGCAGCACUGCAACCCUCUUUUUGAUGCGGGCUGCAACCCGUUGGCCGCCACAAGGCUCGCUAGCCUCAGCAAACCCGUCCUGGAGUACACCAUUAAGAAUCAGCACGCCCCUCCUGCAGCACCUCUGACUUGUGACCCACGAACCAACCCAUACUGCAUACUGGCAGCUGCUGCUGCCCUGCGGCACAAGGUCCGCUACCAGCUUGGCGCCCCAGUCAAGUCUGGCUCUGAGGCUCCAGAUGCCCCCUCCUGCCAUCCUUAUGAUCCCAGCUGCAGCCAGUUCGCUCCACCUGCCAGCAUCGAGGCGCCAAAGACCGGAAAGGACGGCAUUAUCCUUCCGGAUCCCGACUGCGACCCUGAGUACGACUUCAACUGCCGGCUGCGCCACGCCGAACCCGCGGCCUCUGCCGACGAGCCCAUAGCCGAUGAAGAAAACGCUGCAGACGAGCCCGCUAAGGAAGCUGCUGUCCAACAAUCUGCUGUCCCAAGCUUUGAGGACUUCCUCCGGGGUGUCCUGAGUCAACAAUAAAUCUUACCACCAGCUCGGCAGUCGAACAGCUGGAAAUGGAGUUCUAACAAACAUGUAUAUGAACUUUAUAAGCAAGAACAUUUUUUUUUUUUUUUACAUCAAGGCCUUACCAAGAUUUUCCUUAAAAGGAAAUCUUCUUAAGUAAUGCAGCUUCAAACAGCAAUGCAGACAGUCUGAAGAUUUUGUAGUUUAGAUCGAAGAUUAAGCAACAUACGCAGCCGCAUUAUGAGAAAAUUCUGCAUUAAAUAAUUCAUGUUUGGAUGUUUGCAGAAAAGACAUGUAUGUAUAGAUGUGUGAUAGAGAAGUAGAGUUAGUCUGAAGCUGUGUUAGGAAGAAAGAUGCUGAGUUGUACAUUACCCACGGUGUAUUUAAGGCUAUUUUCUUCAGUAUUCUGUAAGUCCAAAACUCUUGAAACUUCAUCUGUUCAGUUUUUUUUUUAAUCAAGUUCUUAAUAAACAAAUAAGAUGACUGAA